UUUUUUUUUUUUUCCUGUAGUAUAAUAAACAUGCUAUUAAGCAUUGAACAUCAUCAAGAAUUAUUAAAUGUAGGAUGGGAAAUACGUAGAAUAGAAAAUAAACCCUAUUAUAUUAAACACAUUUUCAAAGAAAAAGAGUACAUGAUCUUGAUUACUGAUUUAUGCCUUGUUUGGUUUGAACAUGGUAAUUUUAAGCGAAUUCAACAAAACGCAAGGAUACCCAACAUUGAUAUUGAGACUGAAAAAGAAUCGAUGACUCUUUUAGUGAGAGUAAAAAAACUAUUUUUAGAUAAAAAUAAUGUUCGAACUUUGAUUCAAAAAAAGUCAAAUCAACUUUUAGUUCAUUGUAAACCUGUUGUGAAUCAAUACAGAAGAAAUGAACAAUAUAACAUUGUAAAUGCGUUUUUAUGGAUAUUUCAUUGCGAUUUAUUAGAUCAACAAGGGACAAAUGAUAAGUUUAAAUCAGGACCACAAAUUAUAUUUGAACAUUUUAUUCAACCAAUUCAAGCCAUUGUUAAUUAUUUUACAGAGAAUCUAUCAGAUGACAAUUAUACCAAGAUUAAUAUGGAAAAAUCUUCAUUUUCAGUAUAUUCAACAACUUCAUUGGAUUACAUGUCAAAAUUUAUCUACAUUAUCUACUGCUAUACAGGAGUCUUUAACAAAUUCAGAAAAAGAAAAUGAAGAGACAGUUCCAAUCAUUGAAGAUAAUCUAGAAUUAAAACAUAAAAGAGGGUUACAACUAUUAGCAGAAGAAGCAAGACAAAGAAAUCCAUUAUAUAAUAAAAAAAGGAAAAGACUCUAAAAAAAACUGAAUUUCUGUAUACAAGAAGAUGUAUAUAUUACAGUAAAUAGUCUUAUUUCAUUGAUAUAAAUUGAUUUGACUAUUUUUAAUACGGGGACAAAUCACUGUCACUAACCUACGUUAACUAGACAUUUGUUUUUGUCCAUCUGAAAUACGACUUUACUUUUAUAUGAUAUUAUAUAAAGACUAUUUGCAUUAUAUAUAAAUCUGUUCAAUAAGAGGAA